AUGGCAGAUUUUAGAAAUCCUUCCAGACUGGCCGCUAAUGGUUCUAACGCGGAGGAAUUACUCCGUCCAUUAGUUACUUGUGGAAUUUGUAUGGAGCUUUACGUAGAUCCAGUCGCUUUGUUGGAUUGUCUACAUCUUGCUUGUGGUUCAUGUGCAAAGGAGUGGCUAGAGCAGUCUUCCACAUGCCACCAGUGUAGAGAGCGAGUUCGCGGUACCCGAGAUAGCCACCAUACAGCUGCCAUUGUGGAAGCAUUCCAGUCAAUUGCUCCAAACUCGGGUUUGGUCACUGCAAGGACAUCUGAAGAGGUGGCCAAUAUGCGUGAGAGGUACAGACCAGGUCGAGAUGCAAUCAGCCGCCAACGGCAAGAGAGCCGUAGUCCAAGCCCAGAACGGGUUGUAUUGCGUGUCCGUGUACCUCCCACAGAAACUGGUGGGGUGGAAAUUGUCCUUUUUGUAAUCCGAAUAAUGGUUCUGGAUAUGUCUGCCCUCGACCAUGUCCUCCGCCAAUUACAAGGGCUGAACAACACACGAUAUCACUCGGACACACAAUCUGCGCUAAGUGCACCCGAUUCCUACCUAUUCGAAACGAUAUCCCAAACUCAAGUUGAGGCCCGAGCUGGCGAUGAAGCAUUUCAGCUAACCCGAUUAAGAGACGUAACCUUUCCAGAAGGAUGGGGCCUACGCCUCACUCACGCAUUUGGGGCGAGUCACUAUGAGCGUGGACUCUUUGCAUCAUAUGUUCGACAGCGCAACUGGAACCUACAACAACUUCUGCACGAAUUCCUAUCCUUCCAUCGAUCGAAUCUACAACGAGCUCGUUGGCAUGGUCAUCCUUUCGCUCCUUCCCAAUCAAGUACCGUGAAUCAAGAUGACAUGGUGUGCAUCAAUUGUGCAUCCGAACUGGUGGAAGCCAACAUAUUUGAGUGGUGGCUAGUCAAACGGCCCGAGGGAGGCCUUCCUUUUGACAUACUUUCACGACCUGAUUGUGGAAAUGGUGUCGAGUGUGGUAUUGUUCGACGCGAUCAAGCUCAUGCACGCGCCUUCAAUCAUAUUUGCCGUCCAAGCGCACAGACAGAUGAUAGGGGUCAUCACACGGGUGAUAUAUCUGAGAGAGGAGAUCGCUAUGUAGCCAAUAGCGAUGACCUGGAUCAUAGUUUCCCCGAUUUUAGUCUAUCCCAAAUUAUUUUUCGCGAUAAAGGAAAGGAGCCCGUUUUUCUGUGCUCCUCAGUUUGUCGGGGUGGCUCGACCAUUCCGGGAAAAGUUACACUAUGGCACGAGUCGCCUGUUUCAGUUUACUACGGCGCAUCUGGCAGCGAACACACACACAGCGGGGUAGUUCAGGUCCUGCUGGAUACACGAAACAUGCAUUGGGUGCGCACUUCCAAUGGUGCCAUUCCGGCUGGGUGCCGUCCUGUACUGGGCGGUCAACUGGCUGAUCAACAAUUAUUCCACUGUGCGGUUUGGUGGCGGGGCCAAAGAAUUCCUGGCUAUACUUCUCGAUCUAUGGGCCACGCUGCCAUUACAUGGAAUGGGUCUGAGUGGUAUUUUAGGGAUCGGUAUGAGAUCUUGUGCUGGGAUUGA